CUGUGGCUCCUGUACGUCUGUCUGUGGCUCCUGUACGUCUGUCUGUGGCUCCUGUACGGCUGUCACACGAAUGGAUAAAAGCAUAAGAUGAAUGGCACUAGCACUCAGACAUUUGCACAGAGUGGUGCACUGCUGAGGGAUAGAAGACAGAAAACUUUCAAAAUUAUUGUCAUCGGAGACAGCAGUGUAGGAAAGACGUGUCUAACUUUUAGAUUUUGUGGGGGUCACUUUCCUGAAAGGACUGAAGCCACAAUUGGUGUAGAUUUCAGGGAGAAGAGAGUAAACAUUGAUCAUGAGGAUAUUGUGCUACAGCUCUGGGAUACUGCUGGACAGGAGAGAUUCAGGCGAUCAAUGGUUCAACACUAUUACCGUAAUGUGAAUGCUGUUGUGUUUGUAUAUGAUGUCACCAGAAUGUCUUCAUUUCAGUCUCUGCCAUCAUGGAUUGAAGAAUGCAACCAGCACAGUUUGAGUUAUAAUAUACCAAGAAUUUUAGUGGGAAACAAAUGUGAUUGUAAAGAUAACUUGGCUGUUUCAACCAGUGUAGCACAGAGGUUUGCUGAUCAUCACAGUAUGCCACUUUUUGAAACUUCUGCCAAAGACGACAGUGACUGUGACCAUGUAGAGGCCAUCUUCAUGACACUUGCUCACAAAUUAAAAGCUUCCAAGCCAAUGAUGCCCAUCAGUCCCACUCAGUUUCCACUUGAUGACAUCCACAGAGCAGAAGUUGCAUCUAUUGGUAGAGAGCGUAAUGGUGUUGAAGUAAAAAAUUACGAGUCAUGUUAUUGCUAGGAGCUACAUUAUUGUGUUAAUUAUUCAGGACUCAUUUCACUAGGACUGGUAAGAAUGAAAUUAAUAUAUACCCGGUAUAUAUAUUUUUUCUAUGUGUUAAUGUAUGUACAGUAUUGCUACAUGUUUGGAUAUUGAAUGCUAUGAAAGAAGUCUUGUUAGUGACCAAAAUUCAGGUGAACAGGUCUAUGGUUAAGUCAGGUAAUUAUAUACACAGUUGCACUUAAACAAAUCUUGUUGUGUGUGCAAAUUAUAGUCAUAAAUAUUUUCUGUAUCAUUUAUUGUCUCUUUUUAUUUUUGUCCAGAUAAACUAUGCUAGAUAAGUUUAAAUUUGAAUGCUUUAUGUUUUGGGUAUGGGUAACUGACAUGAAAUAUUUAAAGGUAAGGAUCUCUUGUCACACAAAUGCUGUAUUUUCAUUAGAAAGGUACAUGAGCUGGGCAUAUUUUGUUAGCUGCUAUAUAAUCACCCUUUCCCACCUUUUUUACUCAUGUGUUUUCAAAGGAAAUGAUGAGCUGCCUUUGGUAUUGUUGUAAUCAUUGUCCAGUGAAGGGCAUAUACAUCCAUUAGUGGUGCUUUCCUCUAUUCUUUUGCUCAGUGCAAGCAAAUGCCAACUGCUUCACUUAUGUGAUAACUAAACCAGCUUAAAACAAUAGGUAAUAUUUCAAAUCCAUGAUAUGUAGUAUACACCUGUACAGGUAAUCCUGCCAAAUCUGCAUGUUUAGGUACACUCUGUCAUUAUCAUCAUCACCACCACCAUUUUAUAACCAUUUUCCAUGCUAAAUAUUGCAAAUUGUAAAUUGAUAGCACCUAUGGGAAAUGAGCAGUUACAGUCUGGGUCGAGUCCCAAAAUGAAUCCGAGAUAACCAAGUGGUUCCGAAAAGUGAUGUGGCGGCGGGCUUGGGUCAGGUGUAAUCCUACUUGGAUGAUUCCCAUCUGAACGAUCGUCCUUUCUGUACAUUAUUUGCCAGGGAGUCAGCAAUUCAGGUGGACAAGCUUAGGAGUUCAUGUGAUCUGUGGUCAGGUCACUUAAUGUCAAGUGACCUAAUAGCAUUAAGGCUAAAACACAUGGAAAUAGUGAGGUCAUUUAGUUAGGUAUGAGUUUGGGAGGAAAUGGUCAUUAUUCUUUAUAAUGAAAUAUUCCUUAUAUAAUUUGUGUUGUAUUUUGUUGUUCCUAAUAUAAUUCAUAUUAUACAGUAGUCCGUCACCAACCGUGGGGGUUAGGUUCCUGAAAAUCCUCGUGGGUGGCAAAUCCGUGGUUGGUAAGACUAAAGGCUUAGGAGAAAUAGGGGGUAAGGUUCCAUGGCCACAGAUAACACUCAUCAUAUCCUAACUAGGUUGCUUGUUCCUUCACUAAACAAUACCUGUAUUGUACAUUUCAUUAAAUUUGAGUAAAAUACAUAUAAAAUAGCAUAAUAUAAAUUAAAUAGUAAUGUAAAUUUUACAAUACAACAUCCGUGGAGAUGGCAUGUUGCUAUAAAAUAAGAAAAAAUUAAUAUCAUGGGUAUGUAUGUGUGUGAAGUUAGAGUGUGUAUGGACUUGGCAGGUUGCCAAGUUAGACUGUCCUUGUAGCCCUCCCCAUACCAGGGUAAGCCAUGUUAUUUUUCAACUCUUAUUUUUGGGCAGAUGUACAGUAUGUAAUUUUAAUAAUUUAUUUUUACUCCGUUACAUGCACAUACAGUCAUCCAUACAGAAUGUGGAAAACAAAUAAUAGAAAGGAUUAUCAUAAGGUGGGAGGAAACUGGAGGAGGUGAGUUGCAUUAUUAUUGUUCUUUUUCAACUCGUUAUUUUAUUUUUUUUACUAUUACAUGCACACACAAUUGUUGAUACAGCUUGUGCAAAAAAAACAAAUGCUUAUCAUCAGGUCGAAAACAUAGAAAAUAAACAUUUCUUAUGGCCAUGGGAGUUAGCCCACACUCAUGAGAAGGGGGAGUGCACUCCUGUCUCCUGAGAGAAAUGAUUGCCAAAUAACACUGCAGUAUUUUUAUUUAUUUUUUAUUAGUGCAGUAUUAUUUUUAUUCAUUCCUCACACUUACUGAGGAAUACAUUAGGCCGUGAAGGGAUAAAGACCCUAUACAAAUCUGUAGAUACUUUAAAUUUAAUGCCGUGAUUGAUGAAAUGGUAUACUACAGAGUAAAAACGGUGGAUGCCUGGACCCCACAGAAAGGAAAUCUGCCUUGGUAUGCUACAAAACAUGUUUUGUGUAAAAGUUUUUUGUGUAUAUAAUGAUUUUAAGCCAAUAACAAACAUAAUUGAAAUGC